GAAAGGUUCUGUCUGCACUUCGGAGUUCAGCCCCUCGUCUCUGAGGUGCGGGUGGGGUUUUUUGGACCUCACCUGAGGAGGCCUUUGCGCUCCUUCGGCCCCACCGCGUGGAAGGCAGGACCCGCAAGGUCGGCGGAGAAGGCCAGUAACCUAAAAUGCAGAGUGGAGCCACUGAACUUCACUGGUAUCUAAAGCCAUACUGCCAAUGGACAAAAAAAUGCAGAGCACCUCCUGUCCCUUGGCUCAAAUGUCAGUCACUGGGAGAAGGCAGUUACUUCUGAUGAGUGUUCACAGGGAUUUGGCCUCCUUGAGGAGACCUGUCCUGGGCAGCAGGCCCUGGAAGUCCUACCUGGAGAGAGACGGAACAGGAUGUGGGUACAUGAUUCACCUAGCAGAGAGAAGGUCAUAGUAGUGAUGGGAGAUGAAGAGCGAGAUCUGGAUGGAGAAGAAUGGGUUCCAUCCAGUGCCCAGGAAGGGCAGAGCUUGGCAUGUGAGAAGAUUUUGGCAUCAGCUUUCGAUUCACCAGUUAUUCAACAUUGGCCCAUAGUCAUCCAGCCUGAAAACGUCAUUCCUUUUUCUUGGGUCCUGCAAAAGAGAGGUGGGGAGCUAGCAGUCAUCCUGCUUAUGAGCUGCCAACACAAUGUGUAUCUCCAAAAUGGUUAUGGCAAAUGUAACCAUAAUGAGAGGAUUCUUCCUCAUGGGGCUCUCCAACAACCGUGAGCUGCAAAUCUUACGUGCAUUGCUUUUCUUGCUGAUGUACCUAUUAGCCUUAGCAGGUAACCUCAUAAUUAUCACCAUCACAACCCUGGACCAACAUCUCCAAUCCCCAGCGUAUUACUUCUGGAAACACCUUUCCCUCCUGGGCCUCUCUUUCAUUUCUGUCACAGUCCCCCAGUUCAUUGACAAUUAACUUAUGGGCAAUGUCUAGUGCCACAGUCAGUGCAUACUUCAGGUUUUCUUCUUCACAUCUUUGGCCUGGGCUGAGGUGGCCAUUCUCACAGUGAUGUCUUAUGACCGCUCUACAGCCAUUUGCCUCCCAUUGCACUGCGAGGUCAUCAUGGAUCCCAGAGCCUGUAAGUGAGCUGUGAUAGAUGCAUGGCUGAGUGGAGCCAUCUCUGGAAUCUUGUACACGGCUGCCACAUUCUCCAUUACAUUCUGUAGGGCCAAAAUACUCCACCAGUUCUUCUGUGAUAUCCCCCAGUUGCUGAAGCUCUCCUGUUCCAAUGAUUACCUUGGAGUGAUUGGAGUGGCUGCUUUCAUGACUGUGCCGGCAUUAAUCUGCUUCAUCUCCGUUGUUCUCUCCUACAUGCACAUCUUUUCCACAGUUCCAAGUAUACCCUCUGCUGAGGGCCGAUCCAAGGCCUUCUCUACCUGCCUGCCCCACCUCUUUGUUAGGUCAUUUUUUCUCUCCGCGGGCAUUUUUGAGUUUCUAAAACCGACUUCAGAUUCUCCAACUGCUUUUCACAUUAUGAUAUCUAUCUUUUAUGCAGUAGUGCCCCCAACACUGAACCCUAUUGUACGCAGCUUAAGAAAUGAGGCCAUGAAGGGAGCUUUAAGAAAGUUACUGUUGGGUGGUGAAUUCACCGGAAAAAGACACUUUUGUCCUGUUUUUGGUGACUGUUCAAUAUUAUACACAAGAACAUUUUUUUAA